UUUCAGAAAAAAUAAAAAAUAGCUCUAGAUGGCAGGUGAUGGCAGAAAUGCAUAUAGUACUGUGUUUAAUCAUUUCUCAGGGCAGUUGUUAGUAAAGACAGAGGAGUCUGAUGUCUUAAAGUGACAUUGAUCAACACAUUCCAGACUGUACUAUGACAGGUCUUGGCUGGAUCAGCAGACCUACUUGUGUGCUGAACGCACCAGAUAAACACACUUGCUAGGGUGAUAGAGAUUUGAAGUGACUUAUUUCUGAAGUUAUUGCUUUUCAUCUCCAUUUCUUCACUGUAUAACACCAGACACGAUGACACAAUGGCAGACUUUGCCUUUAAAAACGUCUCUAAUUGCAGCAUUCAUAAGUUCCCCAUCACGUCUCAGAGGUAGCAAUAUCAACAUAGUCAGCGCACUGCCUAGUGCCCCACAGCUGAGUAAACAACAUAAUCUCAGUCCAUGCUAUUUUUUGAUACUUUCAAUUAAAAUGAAUGCUGGGUUUCUCUCACAAUAGACAAUAAUACCGUAUUUCAUGAAUGGGAAAAGAAGGGUUAUCGUUUGUAUCAUCUAUGUUGAAAUAACUAUACGGAUGGCUCCUUUUGCCCUCCAUAAGGCAGCGGGGAUUCGACGGCGUGAGUCCGCAAGACAGCCGUGGCGGAGUGCCCAAAACCGUGUAAGCCAGUGGUGAUAAAUAUCUCUCAGUUCCUACGGUAAUUUAUACAGUUAUGGGGAUUGUUGUCAUCGUUGCAAUCAAUUCACGCGUAGGGCUUUUCUGGCUCACGUGCAGCGGCCUUUCCCAAUCCCAGCCGCAUACAGCUGAUAAGUGUUCUGGAACAGAGUGGGAGAGCGAGAUUGUGUUUCUGUGUGUCAAGGAUCAACAGGGCAACCGUGCAAAGCCGGCAACAGCAGGCCCUCCCAUGGAUGCUAUAGCAAGAGAAAUAAGUCUUUCGCUGGGCUGUAUGUUUGCACUAUGUCAGUGUGUGUGUGUGUGUGUGUGUGAGAGAGAGAGAGAGAGAGCGAUAGAGACAGCCAUAAGAGGAGUGGAAAUUGUUCAGUAGGUUUGUACGGAGUGCUGUCGCACAAACCCAGACACGACUGACUGGAUAAUGAGAUCCGGGAAGGAGACAAGGGCGUGUGAGCACAGCGUAAACCUUGCCGAGGGUGUCUCUGUGGUGCGCUUGAACAGACAGGGUCCACCAGGUACAUUGGUGCGUUAGGUGCACGGGUCAUAUGUGACAACAUUCCAGGGCUGGUGAACAAGCAGAGGCAGCUCUGCCAAAGACACCCAGAUCUCAUGCAAUCCAUGGGAGAAGGAGCCAAAGAGUGGAUCCGAGAAUGCCAGCACCAGUUCCGACACCAUCGCUGGAACUGCAGCACGCUGGAGCGAGACCAUACUGUGUUCGGCCGCGUCAUGUUGCGCAGUAGCCGUGAAGCAGCAUUCGUUUAUGCAGUCUCCUCUGCCGGUGUGGUUUAUGCCAUCACCAGAGCGUGCAGUCAAGGAGAGCUAAAGAUCUGUGGCUGCGACACCAACAGGAGAGGCCGGGCAAGCGAUGAAGAAGGCGACUUUGACUGGGGCGGCUGUAGCGACAACAUCAACUAUGGUAUCAAGUUUGCCAAAGCUUUUGUGGAUGCCAGAGAGAGGAUGGUCAAAGAUGCCAGAGCGCUGAUGAAUCUGCACAACAACCGCUGUGGGAGAAUGGCAGUAAAGCGUUUUAUGAAGACUGAAUGCAAGUGUCAUGGAGUCAGUGGGUCAUGUGCUCUCAGGACAUGCUGGCUGGCUAUGUCUGAUUUCCGGCGAACGGGGGACUACUUGAGAAAGAAGUACAAUACUGCUGUGGAGGUCACGAUGAACCAGGAUGGUUCAGGCUUCAUGGUUGCUGACCGAGAUUACAAGAGAACGACCAAAAAUGAUCUAGUAUACAUUGAGAACUCUCCAGACUAUUGUCUGAUGGACCGAUCAGCAGGUUCUCUGGGUACAGCAGGACGGGUGUGUAACAAGUCUUCCAGAGCCAUGGACGGCUGCGAGGUCAUGUGUUGCGGCCGCGGAUACGACACCACGCGUGUAAAUCGUGUGAGCAAAUGCGAGUGCAAGUUCAAAUGGUGCUGCGCUGUGGAGUGCAGGGACUGUGAGGAAACUGUGGACGUCCACACCUGUAAACCACACAAGAAACCCGACUGGCUCGAUUUAACCUGACUGCCAUGACCAUGACCAAUCAGCAGCUACUGGUGCUUUUCUGUUCUCAGGUUUUUGAAGUGGGACACCGCAUUGUGGAAUGUGUAGUUUCUGACUAUAACGCUCUGAUCUCCACUUGCAGAACCCUGAACUUUACCCGCCUUCAAUGAAGCAAGCGCAGAGAUCACAGGCCAGUCUGGAGCACUGGUAGACGGUUGGUGUCAUGGGAAAUCAUACAAUGGGCAUUGUCUGGUGUUUAAUAGAAUGAACUGUGAUCAGGACACAAUCCUUUCACUAUUUUCAAACUGUAAACACCUUUUACUGAUAAUAUCUGUGCCUUUUUAAAUCGAAUUAUGUUUUUGGACAGCUUUGAUAAAUGCAUCGAUGGAGUUUUAGGGAAAGAACAAUAUACAGCAUCAGUACAAGAUUCCCAAAGAACAUAGCAACAAAUCGCAUUUCACGCCAAGAACAAUUACACUUCAUGGUCCAAAAUAAUACUUUGAAGGGUGCUGUAAAAAUGUUCAACAGUGAAAACUGUGCUUCCUUUUAUUUACUUCAUGGACCACAAUUUUGAUACACAACUUCCACACAAAAGAAUUUGAUCAAUGAUCAAUUAAUUAGGCGCUUUCGCACCGGAGGAACCUUUUCAUAGUUCCUGGUUUUUGCCGUGUUCACACCACAGGAACUAGGAACGUUUUUGCUCUAGGAACUUGGGGAAAAUAAAUAGCUCCUACUUCAGAGUAAGGACUAAAACUGUUCUAUAGGAACUACCAGUGAUGUAGUACGCAUACAAAACAUUUUUAAAACCUUGAAAAAUAUUUACUCCACAGAACAUGGAAAACAGCCAUAACGGCAUUUACCUGUUGUCUGCAGCGUUAUGUUCUUUUCUCAGCUGUCAUGGGAGAUUUAGUCAGAUUUUCAUACUCAAUUCAUCACAUAAAUUGUGCAUUUACAUUCCAUCCCCGUUAUCACAAUACCCUCCAGCUCCAAUCACAUCAUCCUCCAUUCACCGGUUGUCGAUGUUUGUAAAUUACCACGAAUAAAGACGUCACUGUUGGUGCGAAUGCAACCAGGAAAACGGCCCGAGGGAGAAAUUGGUUCUCUAGAAUCCACGAUGCAGGCUAGAUCCUAGAACUAUGCGGCGCGAAAGUGCCUAUUGUGACAUCCCAUUGUCAUUGUAUAAUCAGAGAAAUAUAUCUUUCAUGUUAUCUUUUUAAUAUCUAAGCACUUAAACAUCCCUUUGAAUAUGAGCACUUUUUUUUUUGGUUUGGUAGAGUUUGGUUCCAAAAACUUGUCUACAAUCAGUAUCGCAAUAUUUUCCCUGAUGGAUUUUUCAGUGGAAUUUUUCAGUGGAAUAGAUUCUGUGCAGUUUCUGAGAAUAAAAAAGGUAUAAAUUUGCUACAAACAAGCUUGUUGAUGCUCGUAAUAGCCUAACAGUUACUCAAAAACAAACAAAAACAACAACUCUAAAGCUAAAUGGCCUCUCUGAAUGUUUUACUGCUUGCUUCAUAUAUAUGUCCUCAUGUAAAACCCACACUAAAUGUCAAAUAUCAUUGCUAAAAUAAGACAGCAGCUUACUGAGAUUGAGCAGCAAAAAUAGUCAGGUAAGCAUGACUGGCAUUCUUCGCCAUUAAUUUUGCUGCACUGAAUGAAGCACCUUGGUUUGACAACAUGGUUGUUUCUAAAUUUGCUAAGAUGGAUGGGUGAACGAAGUGCUUGGGUUGUCACGAUGGUCAGUAAUGCAUGUCCAAAUUGGUGGCACCAUUAAUCAAAAGCAACCUGAAACUUUGUCAGGUAAAGACUGUGGAAGUUCAUUUUGUCAUUGUACAAAUUGCAAUUGACGAAAGAGGCCCAAAAGGAAAGCUAUUGCUAUACAAACAAUCUAUCUAUAUAUAUAUAUAUGAACUUCCAAAGAAUUUUCUAAAUCAUAUGUUUGUACUGUAUAUUGAUUAUUAGAACUGAAGAAAAAAAUGAAAAUCACCCAUAAUCAAAAUUUAGAUGAUCAUUCUCACUAUUUGAUUUUAGCCAUGUAUUAUGUUGCAGUUCCUAAAAAAAACCCUAACUUGUUUCGAUUAAUUCGCCAAAGCCAAUGUUUACUCAUUUUUGGCACUCGACGAGUGUUAAUUUUGGCCCCUAGACACAAGCGAUUCUGAUCUCGAGCCACUCUAAUUUGUGUCACGUUGUAAGACAGAGCUGCUUGUAGCUGUUUGACCGGAUUUGAUUUCGCCUCUGUAAUUCUUAUAUCAAGAUUGAAGUCUCAAAGGGCGCCAAUAGCUCUCUAUUGUUGCUUCAUUUUCAGCAACUCAUCCAAAGAUACAUUUUUCCAAUUGUGGAAUGUCAGAAAUUUCCCACAGCUAGUCUGAUUAUGUUUUCCGUUGUUCAACAGUUCCACCUCACACCUCGUCUUUGCCAGAAAAACUUCUGUGUUGAGAAAGACUUGUGGAAAACAUGUCAGAGUAUGUUUACUUUUGAACAUUGUAAAAUUACCCCCUUGGCAGCGCGUAACCACUAUGUGGUUAGUGUUGAAAUUUAUGUGUGUUCCUAAACAGAAUCGGCUCACAUUUUAAUUAGCGCACUAAUCCGUACAAGGACGUAUUGAUAGAGUCAAGGCGCUGAAAGCUAAAAUAGCAUUCAAAACUUUUGUUCUUUGGCGAAGACUUUGUGUAUAUUCGUUGAGUCACGUGAUCAUGUCCUCAGAGCCCAAUAUGUGUGUGGUCUUUACAACUGCAUUCAUUUUCAGUCAAUUGUCCAAGAUACAGAUCUUGUUAUGCUGAAAACAAACCAGCUGUUUCAAAAAACGUGAACAACUGGAUUUUAAAAUGUUAAUAUUGAGGUUAAAAAUUCAAUGAAGCAUAUAGGCAAAGAAUAGGGUAGCAAAUGAGUUUUUCAAACCCUAUAACCUUAGAUGUUACACUUUAGCGCAUAACUGUUUGUGCUGCGGACCUGAAUAUUAUGUUAAGGGAUGUUAAGGGAAUAAUUUGCAUACAUUUUUAGAACAAAUCCCUCUGUAAGAACCUUAAGACAGGAAUAUAGACAGGAAUAAAACUUUUCGUUUACAUGCAUUUUUAUGUAUUGUGGUUUAAAAACAAGUGAUUUCAAGCCAUUGAAAUGCAAUCAGCAGCGAAAGAGAACUUACUUUGCUAUAUGUGCGCACUGUAAGAGAGACUGUUUCUGAGCGCUGUAAGAGAGGUGUGCAUAUGUGAAGACGGUGCUCAAAGUGCAUAUUUAAAGGAAUUAUUUUUGCUGCUUUAUAGGCCUUGAAUGGGUUAAAUACACACACUUGUAUGUGUCAAAAUGCCCAUCUUUGCAAUUCUCCUCAUAAACAGCAAUUUAGGCUCUAAGUGAAACCAAACAACUGAGAAAUAAAACACGUACAACAGCAUUGGAUCCGGGCAGUGACAGCUAAAUCACUUUUGUAACUUUAAUAAGAAGAAUUUAUAUAUAAUAUAAAUAUAUAUAAUUUAUACAGUGAAGAAUAUACAGAAUUGUUAUACAUUUGAUUACUUUAUACAAUGCAUGUAGCAUUUCUUAUUUAUUUGUUCUACUUUUUUGACUUUUUGCAUGUAAAAACUUUCUUAUUUAAUUGCUAACUGUUUACUUUUUUAAAUUUUGGCUGGAAUAAUUUUUUUUUUGUGGUUUCGACAUUGGUGUCAAUAAUUAUGAAAUUUCUAUCAAAAAUUCUAUCAAGAUAUCAUAAAUACCUUAUUUAAAGCAAAACAACUAUAUUGUGAUAUAUGUCAUUACCGUGAAAUAAAAUUACUCAUUGUGAUAUAAGAUUUUGGUCAUAUCGCCCAACUCUAUGGACUGUAAUGGAAAUCUACAGACGCAAAUAGAUAAAGUGCUAUAAAAGAAACACUUAAAAGUGUGUUUUGUAUGGUUUCUUUCCACAAGUCUGAAAGAAUACUCCAUGAAAAUUCAGAAAGACUAAUCUCAAAAUUGACAGAUGCAUGAAAAAAAAGUAUGACUUGCCUUAAAUCAUGAAUGUGUCCAAGCGAGGUGUGCUAUUACUUUUCUAAGCAAUUUUAAUUAAAAUUUUUGCAUGGCAAACGAUACUGAAUGUGACAUUCACUGGAUUUUGCAUAAGCAAAUAUUAUUUUAGUCUCGUAUCCUCACAAUUCUCUAAACCAGGGAUAGGCAUCGGCGGUCCUGGAGUGCCAAUGUCCUGCAAAGUUUAGCUCCAACCCUGAAAAAAAACCUCACCUGCCUGUAGCCCUAGUAAUUCUGAAGACCUUGAUAAGCUUGUUCAGGUGUGUUUGAUUAGGAUUGGAGCUGAACUCUGCAGGACAGCGGCACUCCAGGACCGACGUUGCCUACCCCUGCUCUAAACCAAGUACUGGUUACUUUAACCCCACUUGAAAAUACUUUUGCGUCCUUACGAAUACUCUUGCUCCUACAGGAAAGCCGCAUUGGGAACGAUGUACUUCCCACUGCAGGCUUUGGCCCACAGAUCCACAGCAAGUGUUUGGUCUUGAGGGCAGAUUUAUAGGGGAGAUAACCGUUAUAUAUAUGUGACCUUUGGGGACGAGUGUGGCUUGGCUCGCAGAAGCGGGCGGUUGGAAGCGUUAGCACGCUUGCUGUCAGACGGAGCUUACAGGCCGGCGGCGUUGGAUUAACACAUAAAAACUCUUAUCUUGUGAGUCAGCUGGCAAGAAUGUAGCUCUUCCAAAACUUCCAAAACAGAGGCACAGCAGCACUACAGGGAGUAGAAACAGAGCUCUUUAUUUUUGUUAAACACGUUGCGAGAUGGAGAUCUGUGAAGAGAUAUGAGAAACACCUUAGCAACUGCAAAUAUAGCAGCACUCUAGCAACCAGCCAGUGGUGCGUUUCCCAAAAGGAACUAUGGUCGCAAGUUCCGUUGUUACCAAUAGAGUUCAGUAGAACUAACGACCAUAGUUAGCUAACGAUGCUUUUGGAAAACGCACCCCAGAAUAGCAAGCAACAUUAGCAACAUUUUAGCAAGAUGUCAGGAUGUUGUUAUGCAGUUGCUAGAUGACAGGCCUAUCCAUAGCGUCUACAAUAUUCUAGUCCCUAGACUUGAUAAAACAUAACUACAUAACUUUACACUUCAGCAAAUUGGCAACAAAUUUGCACAAUUUGAAUUGUACAAAAAUGUACGAUAUUUAGAAAAAAAUAAAGAUGCGACCCUAUAACCUCAUUCCGAACCCUAACAGUCAAUGGAGCUUAAGCAGAUCAUGUGAAAACAUACAGUUGAGUACGUACAAAUUCAUAUGAAUUUGCCAACAAUUCGAUAAAACAUAAAAUAGCUCGGAUUUGCCAUGCAACUGUGCUUAAGUAUCUUUUUCGCUACUUUGUAGUUUUACUGAGAAUUAAAAGUAUUAACAACUUUUACUCUCUACUUGACUUCAUUUUUGAAUAAAUAUAUGUACUCUUUACUCCAAUACACUUGUGAUGAGUAACAUUUUACAUGGUGCCUAACUAUUUCUGCAACAGUGUAUUUCUGCUACAAAAGAAGUGAUAUCGCCAUCUAUAGAGCAUUGAAGGUAUUACAUUUUGUGCUUUGCCUUUACUCACCCAAACUUGUCAACAAGGCUACUUUAUGUGAAUGCGAUUUUGCUGAAUCACAUGUAUUUCAUACAGUAUAUGAGAUUUUUGAAAAUACUGAUUUACUUACGCCCUUUUUAAAGGGGUCAUUGGAUGCCCAUUUUCCACAAGUUGAUAUGAUUCUUUACAGCCUUAAUUAAAAGUCUAUAACACACUUUGGUUAAAAUUUCUCAAUGGCAGUGUAAAACAACACCCUUUUCACCUGGUCAAAAACGAGCUGUUCUCGUGAGACAGUAAACUUUAGCCGCAUUUGUCGUGGAACUUGCUAACUAGCACAUUAUUAGGAAAGGCGAUUUGCAAAAAUUCAUUGAAAUGAACCUUAUACUCACUGCUUCUGUAGGUGAAGCUGGAUCACGAAUGAUUCGCAUGAACAUAGAUGCAUUUAGGUAGAACGUGGGGGCCCCUCAAAAACAAAAGAAAUCCACUGCGUCUUCAGUGGCUCAGAUGUCGAGAGUAAAUGAUGACUGCUAUGUUCAUUAUUACAUCCAACAACAAAACACCUCAGUCGCACUUGCGCACAUAUGCAUUCUUCAAGUACUUGCGCAUACCUAUAGACUGAACUGAACACAUAAUACACACAUGCACGAUGACACCAUUUUCACAAAUUUGCAUUUUUGUAGUUUAGACAGAUAAUGGUAUCAUUUUCAAAAAGUUGCACUUUCAUUCCAGUUUUCAAAAGUUUGCGCUUUAAGGCCUCCAAAAUGCAGUUGUCAUGUAAAUGAAUGGUAACCGUUAAAACACAAAUUUUUCAUUUUUAAUCAACAGUGUCGUGUAAACACCCCUUUAGUAAGAGAGGCAUGAUAUGCUGUAAUACAGACACAGCUUUAAUUUAACACAGCAAAGACUUGCAUAGGAUCUCAUGCGACAGUAUCUGCUGCAAACACUAUUUGCUUGGCUGUCACUAGCUUUUGUUACACUCGGAGGCUAAAGCCUGCAGUAAACUACCAACCUGAACAAAUCCAGACCCCUGGAGAGCGCCAGUUAAGACACCCCCAAAUGUACUUAAUCCAGCUGUAGGCCACCAGCUCUGUCAAGGCCUACGAUGAUAUCAAGCGAAACAUGUCUUCAUCCUUCACAGGCAUUCGCCGUGUUGUUUUUCUGGGACAUUAACCUCUUUAAGCAGUGUUUGUUUGUAAAUAUAUCACAGAAUAAACAUUAUAAACACUGGAUAAACAUCACCGGUCUUUUUGGCUCUUUUCUACUCUACAUGCAGUACCUUAUGGAGCUUCAUACAGACCCUGCAUGACCCCAGCUGACCGUUGUAUGGACGACUGCCAAAGAAAGCAGGUGGUAGCGGGACCUUUGAUGAUCAGACACUAUGCAUUCGUCUCAUAUGUAGCUGUGAACAUCCAUGUCCAUGCCAAAUAUGUUGAGAGGAAUAGCUGCGCUUUAAAGACACUGGAGCAAAAACCUGGGAAAGAAUUUUGAACAACACCGUGUAACUUCAGCUGCCUUACUUGGGCAAUAACACACAUGACUUUAAGAAACUAUAAAACCAAUGUUAAAAACACAACUACAUGUAUUUCUAUUCUUGUUAUUUUGCAGUAGAACUGUUUUCAAUAUUGAUAAUAAAUGUUUCUUGAGCAUAUUAUA